CCUCCUAUAAAAGACGAGUCUCGUUCCUUUGUUCCUCUUCAUCCCCAUUCCAAUUGCAGAUCCAACAACAAAGUCAUCAUCUUAGUAUCAUCAUGGCAAGUAUCAAGGUUCACGGAAUUCCCAUGUCGACGGCCACCAUGAGAGUCCUGGCUGCUCUCUACGAGAAGGAUCUCCAAUUCGAGUUAAUCCCCGUCGAUUUGAGAGCCGGUGCUCACAAGCAAGACCCCUUCAUCUCCCUCAACCCCUUCGGUCAAAUUCCUGUUCUCCAGGACGGUGAUCUGACGCUUUUCGAGUCAAGAGCCAUCACACAGUACAUAGCAGAGGAAUACAGUGAGAAAGGCGAGAAGCUUUUCUGCCCUGGCUGCAAGAAGGUCAAGGCUGCCACUCUUGUCUGGCUUCAAGUUGAAGGUCAACAGUUUGACCCGAUCGCCUCUAAGCUUGCCUUCGAGCGUGUCUUUAAAGGCAUGUUCGGCAUGACCACUGACCCUGCCGCUGUUCUAGACCUCGAAUCCAAGCUCUCUAAGGUCUUGGAUAUCUACGAGGCCAGGCUCUCCAACUCUCUGUUCGUCGCUUGUGAUUGCUUCACUUUGGCUGAUCUUCACCACCUCCCUGCCAUCCAUUACUUGAUGGGCACCGACUCCAAGCACCUCUUCCUCUCUCGCCCCAAGGUCACCGAGUGGGUCAACAAGAUCACUACCAGGCCUGCUUGGGGUAAGGUCAUUGACCUCCAGAAGCUGUGAGCGCCUCUUGUCUUUUGGGUCUCUUUCCCUCUCCUCUACACCAAAUAAACGAGUCCUCCCAGUGAUUCUCUUUCUCUUUGCGCUUUAUCAGUACUUGUGUUUUCAGCAUUUUUUUAUGUAUCCUCAUCUUUUGUGUUAUUUCGUGUGGUUGUUCCAUCUCAUAUAUGUGUUAAACUUUUACAUUUCACCAAUAAGAGAGAGAGAGAUUCGAAUGUCAUAAACCAAUAAAUAAUGUAGACCCGAGGAUUGCCAUACUUGUCUUCUAUAUUUUUGAGUU